AGUUUCCUUGAGGGUGUUGCACAGGGCUCAGUACUUGGUCCUGUCAUGUUGUACUCCUCUACACUCAUCAGCGCCCUCUGUUGACAAAGCAUCGAAUUAAAAUUGUUUGUUUUUGACAAUUCAAACUCUGCUGAUUAAACUCUUUAAUAAACUGUGAGACUAAAUGCACUCACAUGCUUUUACCACCCAGCAGACGUCUUCCUAACUAAUGUGUAUAUCUGUGUGUCACAUGGACCAGUAAGAGGUCAAUGUUGUUAUUGUAGUUAUGCAGUUAUAUUUAAAUGUGUUGCUAAACUUUAAACAUCACAAAUGAGAGAAAACUCAAACCUGAGACGAGGCGCCGGAGCCCCGACGAGGAAGACGAGCAGGAAGCGGCGACACAGCGCUGUCGCGUUCAGACUUCGCCCUGAAACUAAAAGCAUGGGAGCCCCAUGCUCCGCCCUCUCUGGCUUUAUAUGCAUGCAGGCGAAGAGGAUUUCGGGCAGCGACGCCCUCUCCCACCCUUACCUGGACGAAGGGCGUCUGCGUUACCACACCUGCAUGUGUCAGUGCUGCUACUCCGUCCCCAGCGGGCGAGUUUACACCCGGGACUUUGAGCCGGUCGCUGAGCGUCCGUUCAGCCACAGCUACGAGAACAGCCUGCUGUCAGUGUGGCAGGGAAAAGGUACGCCGGCGGCACCGUGAUGCUUUCCUUUGGCGGCUGUCUGAGCAUGAAUGCGCGACUCGCUCUGGGUCAUGUAUAGAGCAGGGCGACAUGGCCAAAAUAUUUAUCA